GGUUCGAGACCGGGCGGAAACAAGUGAGAAUUUUUGUUUGCCACUAUUGUAAUAGUUAAUACCAUUCUAAUUUUUUAAUCGUGAACACAUAUUUACGUGAUUUUCUUUUGCAUUUCCACUGCUCAUUACUACCCUAGUCCCAAACUCUCCAACUCCUGAUUUGUCCCUGAACGCAGCCGUCAGGGGGCGUGUGCAUUUGUGCUGCAGCUGUUUGGCAGCGUGUUUGCAGAUCUGCAUCCUCUCCUCGGGAUCUGUGAUCAUGAUAUAUGUUUUAUAAAACCAUUUUAACACACAUUUAACGUCCAGAUCACCCGAGUUGUGCUGUAGUUUCGGUAAGUUCUCAGAUUUCUCCUCCUUACUGUGCUGAAUGCAUUUCUGUCCGAGCAUCGUUAGCUUCUCAAUGAGGGGGGCUAACGUUAGCAAUGAGACCGCCCUGACCCCCUCUGGGUGUUGUUUUCUUCGAGUAGGAACAAUGUUCGAUUUAGACAAGCGAACACUUCCAAACUGUUGAACAACCUCAGGCACAAUCCCGCUUUAACCAGCAUUGUUUGAGUUUUUCAUUACCAAAAGUGAAGUUUUGUUAGCAGGUAGCCAUUUUGAUGCGUUCAAGGUCCGUUCGAAAAAAGACAACGUGAGUCACGUUUGUGUAAAUCCUUUUAAUGCCCGAAAAAGACGUUUUAAAACCGUGUUUCUUCAUCAAAGAUUUCAGAAGGACACUCUGCUGUGUUGUUGGAGGAUAAUAUGAAGAAAAAUUAAAAAAUGAAAUUUGUUUAGAUAAGUAAUUUAUGUAAGGAUAGACUCAAUAUGCAAGCAAAGGACGUCAGUUAAUAUUUAAAACAUUCAAAACAAACAAGGAAAAAUCUCAAACGUGAAUGAAAAGGAGCAGAAAGAAGAAACUUCUUAUAGAGAUAUAAAUCAACUAAACACAUAACAAAAAUAAACAAGAACUGCAGGCCAACAUGCCUUUUUACUGUUCAAUACUUAGUAUUUUCAAAGAGGAUAUCAAACAGAAAAGACCACAUUAAUUUCACAUUUUUUUUACAAAACAAACAGACCAAGACUUAGAUGAACAUAAUUCCCUGUAUUUACUCAACAUACUGGCUUUGACACUUUUUUGAAGAUAAAAUUUGACUUAGUUUCUUUGUUCAGAUUGUUCCACAAACUUAUUCUUCUCACUGUAACACAGCGCUCUUUCAGUUUAGUUCUGAAUCUUGGCUUUUUAAAUAUUUCAAAUCCUUUUAAAUUAUUACAACUUUCUCUUUUUUCAAAUCGGCUCUGGAUGUUGACUGGUUUGCUCGUAUAAAGUCAGUAAAGCAUUUCGUCAGACUAAAGAAGCUCCAAGUGAAACUCAAGCCAUGAAAUAAAUUGUAUUAAUUCACACAGUUGGUUCAAAUGGAUUAUAUUUAUUACAGGCAAAUUUAUCUCCUCAAUUUUUUCCCCCUCAUUUUAAGUCAGGAUCAGUUUCUUAAUGAAUGAUUUUCCAUCAGCUCCCACUAAACGCCUAAUAGCACUGACUGGGUCUGACUGACCCCUAAUGGUGAAAAUGUCUACUACAGCACACUGCAGCUCUAAAUUUUACUGAUUAUGAUGAAAAAGGACAUUUGAGCAUUUGGAAAUAUCCCACCAGGGUUUAGACUUUAGGAAGGCUUUUAAAAACUAACAACUUUAUUAAGUGUUUGCUGAUAGAGGUGAGAAUGACUCUGCAUUAUGAGCUCAGGAAAUAAGUAAUAACGGACUGAUGUUGAAUGAAUCUAAGGUUGUUAAAGUCAGCAGGCCUAAAAUCCUGUGAUGGGGAAAAGAUCAUUGUUAUGAUGCCAAAAUAAUUUCUCAGUCAGGAGCCAAAUUUGAAAUGAAAGCCAUCACAGCUCCCUAAAAUCAAGGUGUAUUAGUCUGUCCAAGGAUCGCUGUGUAUAUGGUCGUAUUUUAGGGCUUGAAACUGUAUUGCUCAGUUAGCAGACUUUACUGACCCAAACUCUUUGUUCUGUCUUUUAUUAGACUGAGAAGAUGCCUCAUUGAAGUCGACUCAAGACUGAGUUCUGGUUUUCACUGUGAAGAGGAAGUCCUUUUUGAAUCCAGUUCUUGAGGUACUCUUUAGACCACAAAAAAAGGAAGAGAUUUGAGGACUUUAAAAAACUUGAGUACUUAAUUUUGGAUCUCAUCAUGGAUGGAAUUACUGAUUACUUGUGGCAGCGUCGUAUCCAACACGGCGUUAGGUAUCAGAAAAGUAGUGUCCCAUUUCCAGAGUCGGUCCGACUGGGUAUGGAGUUCAAUGCAGCGCUGGAAAAGAAGGAAACGUUAGAUUUGUCUCUCCUGACAAACGCUGUGAUGCUGGAGCUUUGUGACUUCGCCAGAUGCGUGAGCAAGUCUGAGGCUCAUUUCUUAUUCGAAAUCCUUGAGUUUAACUUUGACCUCGGAGUGGAUGGGCUCAACCAAGUGCAAUAUAUGAGCUUCAAAAGAAGAGUUCACUCUAGGGCUAAGAUGACAAUGGUCCAACUCAAGUCCAAACCUGACAGAUGGAAAGAACCUUUCUCACUACCAGAUCUGAUUGAUGAACGGGCUCUGCCUGAAUCAGAGCAAUGGGAAAUCCGUGAGAGCAAGACUUUUGAUACUUCAGUACUCACUGCUGGAAGCAAGAACAGCCAGUCUUCGGAAAAGACCAAGAGUGAUGGAAAUGUCCUCGUCAUGAAGUUUGGCAGAGUCCUGAUAAAACUGACAGAUGAGUCCUUCCCAAACUGUCAAGAGUCCGGUGUAUCUUUGAUUAUCCGACCAGAAAACAGACCCAAGGAAAGACUACAACCAGAACAGCUCACCAAAGGCAUACUGAUAGAACUGCUGGAGUUCUCCAAAGUGAUUUGUGGGACUCAAACCGGGAUUGUUUUUGACCUUGUUAAGCUAAACUUUGGCCAUGAGCUCAAUAAAACGCUGUAUCGUCUACGAGUAAACAAGAUCACAGAGCGAAAGUAUGCCUCCCAAAGUGCAGAGGAGAAGGAAGCUCUACUGAAGGAACCUUUUUUAUCCCAGAGCAAGAAUCCAAGAAAAAAUUCCAAGAGAAGAAAAAACCGAGACAUGGACUAUCUAGAACUGGAAAACCUCAUUGUGCCCGGUAAGAGACGGUCAAUACUGAGGGACAGGGAAAGCAAUGAGACAGAGAUUUGGCUGGAUAGCGACCUGUCGUACAUGUGUCCUGUUGAUUCUGACGCAGAAAUGCUGUCCGAUGUGGAGGCAGAACCAGAGAAAAGUAUUUCUGAAAGUUUUUUGGUAGAGACACUUGAGAAAACAAUGUCAUCGGCAAGAGCAGAGGAAUCGACGAAUGCAGAAGCAGGAGCAGGAGCAACAUUUACACUGCUGGCGGAAACGUCAGUCGUAGGAGAAUCGUCUGCAACAGAUGAAUCUAUGGCAGCAGAAGAAACAUCUGGAACAGUGGAGGAAACCCGAGCAGCAACUGAAGAAACUUCAGCAGCAGGAAAGAAAAUAUCGGCAUCAGUAAACCCAUCGUCAUCAAUGGAAGAAAACCCGUCGGCAAUCACAGAAGAAACAUUGUCAGUGGUUAUAAAGGAAGAAGAGGAGGAGGUUUUUGUUUCCUCGGUGCAGUCACAGUUAGAAGCGUUUGAUAGUCAACCUGACAAUACUUCUCUCAAGACGGUCUCUGAUCUGUUUUCUAAAGACCAAAACCAGGACCUUGAUGUAAAAACACCAAAACAGAGGCUUUGGGUGAGGCGUGCAACUCGUUCCAAACAAAUCCUGAGGUCUUACAGAGUGAAUGACAUUUUCGCAAGCUGCAAAGCGAUAGGUUUAGACUUCAAUGUAGGUUCUGGUAACAAACAGAAGUUGAGUCUGCAGCUGUUCACCAACUCUGUAAUGUUGGGGGUUCUCAAGUUUGCAUCUGCAAUGAAGAAAAGCAUCCAUAGUUUGCUAUGUGAGAUUCUGGAGAACAACUUCAACAUUAAUCUUGGAGAUAGUCUGCAAAAGCGCUACUUAACAGUUUACUUAAUGUCAAAAGAAAGGAGUUUUCAGAAUCACCCUGCUAGACACACAAUGGCGUUUCUCAGCAGCCCUUGUAAGCUCCACAACUGUUUCAACAUGGUAGAUGUGACCGGGGAUUUCCAAACUGGAGAGGAAUUUGAAGACCGGCAAGGAAACCCUGAUUCAGGAGCAUCUGAAACAGCCCCGUUUGAAGAUUCAGACCCAUACCCGUUCUGUAGAAAGAUAGGCCUUGACCUGUGGUCAACAGAUGAACGUCCUGCUAGCCAAAAACUCGAUUUGGUUGACCUAACCAAGGGGGCUGCUAUUGAAAUGUUUGGCUAUAUCAGAGAGCUGUGUGGAAACAUCCAUGAGACAGUUAAUGAUGUCCUGGCACACAAUUUUGAUCUAGAUCUGCGAAAUCCUGAGACUGAUGAUGCCAAGGCAAUCCAGAAAUGGUACACGAAACAAAAAGUAGUAAUGACACAACACUACAGGAACAAACAUAAAUUACAGAAAUGGCUGGAAAUGCUUGUUCCACUGAAUGUACGAUCACAGCCUCAUCAACAACCAACAUCUAGAAAGAGCCCAGAAAAACAGGAUGCGCAAGAUUCAGCAUCUGGCAGAAAACCACCAGCAGUUAAAGAGAAUGUGGCGAAGGGGAAAGGCGGCUAUCGUCUCUGUAAAAACAUCGACUUGGACCUCUUCGUUGACACUAAAACAAAACCAAAAAGAAAAAUGAACCUAGGAGUGCUUACGAGGGGCGUCCUCGUUGAGAUACACCAGUACGUGAUGCGCAACAGCAACCGGUACAUCCCCACGCUGUACCAGAUUCUUGAGUUCAACUUUGACCUGAGCUCUCAGAACCAUCGCAAGGUGGAGUUCGCCUGGGACAUCGCGACUCAGGUGUUGAGAAUCGCAGGAAAUGUUAGCAGGAAGGGAAAUUACCUGGAUAAAGUUGUAGAGUUGCCCUUUGAGCUCCGUGAGUCCUCUCAGAUAGUCUGCAAAGAGGAACCGGAGCAUGGCUACACUGAACAGGAUUUUAGUGAAAACUCAGACGUCGUGUUUGUGAGAGAACUGAAGCCUGUUGACAUAGAAGUCGAGAUACAGUAGGGGUGUAACUCUUGUUUUUCUUGUAGGAGUAAUGUUGAGGUUUUCAGUCCACAGUCUGUUUGUAGCUGCGAUUCCACUGAGUGUUUGGUACAGUACAGUACAUUACAGCACAGUCAUGUUUCCAGAGUCAAAAGUUCAGAAAUAAAUUAUUCAACCGUCCAACCGACAGUCUGAACAGCAGACUGUGGAAACACAAGCAAGAUGACAACAUGCGUUACUUCUGCAAAUAGUUCAUGAAUAGAUAAAGAAAACAAAAAAAAUCACAACGUACCAAAACUCAAGAUAAUGCCUUCACAUUCAUUUUCUUUAAACCCGUAGACUGAGUGUCGUGUCGAUUUCUGAGAGACUAUAUCUUGAGACUCUAAAGAUUCUGUCUUCGUGGUUAAAGCUGAAUGAUCUUACAAACAACAGAGGUCAUGGUGGCACUGUUUACUCUGCAGUGCAGUAAAAUAAGCUUUACACUCUGGUGAACCUUUGUGGUUACUCAGAGGUCUUAUUGUCCUCUUGUUGUUUAACAGUCAAAGCUCAAAGUUUCCUUGUUUUGAUUUCAUGCUGCUGAAAGUUUUUGCCAAACACAAGCUGCUGAAUGUUUUUUAUUUCGGGGAGGAAACGUUUGCUUUUCAAAGCCGCCUGGACAAAAAUAUGGAUGAUCGAACGUGCCUGACAUGGAUGUAUUUUUUUUUUUCAUUUUCUGUUUGUUAGUUUUUAAAUGUUUUGUUGUUUUUGUUAUUUUCUUUGCUGCCAAUUAAAGUGCUUCAACUCUUGAUCAGAAA